UUCCUUUCAUUCUUUCUCCAUACAAAAAUGCCGGAAUACGUCUGAAGAUAAGAAGGAAUAUUAGAAAAAUACACGAGCACGGCCACGCGUUUGUGAUCCGAUGGAUAUCAGAAUCUUCAUGACGGUCCGACAGUUAGAAUUGCCUGUCAGAGUGCUUCUUUGGUAAUUUGCUAUAAACAAAGUUUUCGCUAAUCGAAAGUUAGUUCCCCAGAUUGCGAGGCCACGAUGUUAUUUACCCUAAUAAGCACAUCAAAUUGCAUUCAUUCCUAGAACUUGCUAAAUCCAAAAUUUUAAGAACUUGGGGGAGAGAUUUGCAGAAAGACCCUGCUUUAGUAGAACCUUUUCUUCGAGGUCGGUCAAGGAAUAUUUACUUUUUAACCCCUUGAAGAUUUGCUAAAAGAUGGAAAAAGCCAUUUUAUUCCCCUUGGAAUUCAUCCACAACAUGGGAAUAAAGUCUCGUCACGAGUCACAUUGAUGCUGUGUAUAUAUAGUGGAGCAAGAGGAAGCUUGAGAUUUGGGGGAGAAGAUGGAAACAGGAUGGUGGUCACAAGGAGAUGACACUGUGAGGGAGAUUAUCAUCACUGAAGAGAACUCCAAACCAGAGAGAGCAUCAGAAGCCAAGGAAGAAGAGGGUCAUCCACAUCAGUAUCAAUCCAUUUUGAGGGAGUCUGAUUCACCUCCAAUUCAUGAUCACAUCCCCCUGGAGAGGCUGUAUGAUCAGCUCUGUGCUGGUGUUUUCCUGAAGAAUAGGACCAUGAAAUACUCGGUGGAAAAGAAAUCGAAGAAGAAUUGCUUCAUGAUAUAUGCACGGGGCCUCUCUAUCACUUGGGCUGAGAACAACUCUUACUGGAAUUGGGUGACCCAGAAAGAUGCACCCAGCGACGUGGCCCUGGUGGAAAUGGCCGAGCUGCUCAACGUGUGCUGGCUGGAGGCGCACGGAAGGUUCGACGUGUCGAAGCUGUCCCCGGGGACGACCUACGAAGUGGUCUUUGUGAUCUUACUAGGAUCGUCAGGUCACGGGUGGGAGGUUCCGGUGAACUUCCGGGCGACUUUCCCGGGUGGGACGAAGCAAGAGCACAAGGAGAAUCUGAGGGAGAAGCCGAGGGGAAACUGGAUAGAGAUCAAAGCAGGAGAGCUGAGCACAUCAGAGUAUAAGGAGGGAGAGAUGGAGGUGUCCAUGUUUGAGUAUGGUGGGCAUUGGAAGAGGGGGCUUGUCCUCAAGGGAGUUCUCAUUAGACCCAAGAAUUAAUUAAUUAAUCAACAACUUAUAAGAUUAAGAAUUGCUAAUCUGUUAUAAGUGGUGUCUUUGAACAUAUGGCGGUGAGUUAUGAUCAGGGACAUCUAAUGGAGAGCAAGUACAAGGCCAUGGCGAUCUUGGUGUUUUCAGUUAUAUGCUUUGAUUGUUCAGAAAAAGAAAAAGGAAAUUAUGUGCUUGGUGUGUAAUGUACUUUUUUCAGUCUGCCCAGGUUGGAUGAAAAUCUGGGUCUGCCGUUUUGGGUCUCCUUUUCCAUUGUAAGGGCUUGAAAUUAAUAGCGUUAUGUAUGUGCUUUCUC